AGCCCAGCCACCCUGAGGAGGUUUCUAACUGAACCAGGAAAACCAUGACGUGCUGUGAAGGGUGGACAUCCUGCAAUGGCUUCAGCCUGCUCAUUCUGAUCCUGCUAGGAGUGGUUAUCAAUUGUAUACCCCUGGGAAUCAGCUUAGUGGAGGCAGACUCGACUUCUCAAAACCCCAUCUCCUGCUAUGAGUGGUGGUUUCCAGGAAUUAUAGGAGCAGGUCUGAUGGCCAUCCCAGCAACAACAAUGUCCUUGGCAGCAAGAAAAAGAGCGUGCUGCAACAAUAAGACUGGGAUGUUUCUUUCAUCACUCUUCAGUGUGAUCACAGUUGUUGGUGCUGUGUAUUGCAUGUUGGUAUCACUCCAGGCUCUCUUGGAAGGACCUCUAAUUUGUAAUACUCAGGCCAACAGUACUGUCACUUGUGAAUUUUCAUUGAAAAACUUAAGUAAAUUUGAUCCUGAAUCCUUCAAUCUGCUGUGGUUCUUCAAUGGCACUUGUGUUUCUCCUACUGAUUUUAAAAACCCCACCAUCAAUAACAUGGUCAGUAACUGGAAAAUACCCAACUCCAACUCUGAAGAAGACAGACACAGGAUUUUCCACUUCUCAGUAUUUAUGAGUCUCCUGCUUGUUGGAAUCCUGGAGCUCCUGUUUGGGCUCAGUCAGAUACUCAUUGGUUUCCUUGGCUGUCUGUGUGGCGUCUCUCAGCGACGGAGUCAAAUUGUAUAAAGGGCAAUAAACUAGAAUAUCAGUACUUUGAAUAAUUUGAAAAUUGCAUUUAAAAUAUAUACUUUUGUAAGUUCAAUAAUGAAGCAUCUUCUAGAACACAGAGUCAUUUUAGUGCAAACAGAUGUUUUUAGAAUCAUCUCUGAAGCAACUUUCAAAAAAAAAAUUAACCUAUCAAGCUGGGCAGGGCUGGUACAGGCCUUCGAUCCCAGCACUCAGGAGCAGAGGCUGGAGGAUUCAGAGUUUGAGGCCUGCCUAGUUUACAAAUGCCAAGACAGCCAGGACUAUACAGAGAAGCUAAAGCAGAGGACUGGCAUGAACUCGCACUAGCGCGUCCUGUAUGUGCAGUGCACCUCCACUCCGGGGGGAGAAGUUACCAGUGGGUGACACAGGGGAGAAGCAUAGGAAAGCUUUUAGGUUUCUUUUUUCCUAUGUAUGCCAAAAGAACAAUUGUCCACCUCAUGGUUACAGAAGUAUGUGUCUUAGUUUUAAGAAAUAUAUAUUAUGUGUUUUGGGAGGAAGACCAUGUUUUAAAAAUACUUUACCCUCAAAGCCAAAGUGAUGGAAAAAUGCUGUGUUUAACUGACAGGCACAUGGCAAUUCAUCAUACUCUAUUUUUUUAUGUUUGUAUCUCUUCAUGAUAUCUGCUAAGACUUUGGGGAAAAAAAAUCAGCCUUUUAGAAGCUGGUUUUUAUGUAUGCUGAUCUUUAAAAGAUAGGUAACAAAAUGUAUUUAUUGUAUUAAAAUGUUAUGAAAUAGAAAAAACUAAAAAUCUACAAUUUUCUGAA